CAGUUGGACUGAUUGUAUUGAAAAGCGGAGACGAGAUGGCGACUGAAAAUCCACUUUACCCCCCUCCCCCUUACACUGUCGACAAUCGAGAACAACACCAAGGCUAUGGGUUCCACCCGUAUUACACCCAACAACCUCCGUACAACCAACAUUACCAACACCCAGCUAACAUGCAUCCGUACGGACAACCAACCACUGUAGUGGAGAUUUUGGUGAUGCCAAAGGACUAUUUUGGCCUGUCAAUAUUCACCCUUCUUUGUUGCUGUUUGCCUGUCGGCGUCGCCGCUUUGAUAUUUUCUUACGAGGUACAGAGUGCGAACGCCAUCGGAGACGUUACGCGGGCGCUGAAGGCGUCUAACCGCGCUAAGGUCCUGAACUACGUGGCGCUGGGACUGGGCGCUUUCUGCUGGCUGCUGUUAUCUAACCGUUAAACCUGACCAAGUUCAAGCUCCUAGAAACUCCUUUAUAAUCCCAAAAUGCAUAGUUCUAACAGCACUAAUACUAAACUAGAAAAGUAACAUUUGAUAAGUAAAUGCAUAACGUUCACCUUCACACGGUCUAGCCUAACAAACUAUUGUUCAUUCAUACUUAAACACAUUUAUGUAUGUGUAAAAUAUUCAUUCAUAUAUACCAGUAUUCAUCCAGCUGUCCUGUAACAUACUAGAGUAAUGUAACCCAACUCCACGGGGUGUCUUCUACAGUACCAGUUACCACGGUGACAGACGUCUGGUCCAGGCCAUUGACCUUAUUUGUUUGGAAAUGAUGAUAAGGGCUUGUUUGUAACGUUACAUAUCAUAGUACAGUCACAGUGACAGACGACAUAUUGUCUUAGAGUUAUUCAAAGCUCACUUAAAAUAAAGCCAGGUAUUCGCGUGCAACUACAUGUACAGUCAGAAGCUGAGGGCGUAAACGUAUUCAUAUAUUCAUUCUCAAACUGAGAGAAUAUAUAAACAAGACACCCACGAGAAAAACAACGGACUGACAUCUAAGCAGGGGAGAGAAACAAAGGAUUAAAGGGAUU